GGCAAAGAACGUGUUUGCAGCUCCUCAGAAGUUGUUUAAAUGUUUUUUUACAGCCUAUUAUUACAGGAAUGGGCUGCUUUGGAAUGUAACUAAAGAAUGCAUUUUACUGUUCGUAUUUAACUGUAACAAAACGCAUGUUUUGUGAAUGUUUUUUUUUUGCAUUUUUGAAAAGCACACCUCUAAUCUGGGAUUGUUUGAGUUUUUUUGGAAUUGAAACCUGUUAAUUGGAAUCGGAAUUCCGCCGACUAAGAAGAAAGGACAUCAAAAAAAAAUAUUUUAUUUUUCAUUUUGAAUUCUCUAAAAGAUCUGGGAUUGCUUGUCGUACAUAUCCUUCUAUCAACGCGGACUAAAACCCUUUUCUUUGUAUGAUUUUUGGUAACUUUUAUUUUUUCCUUUUUUUUUACAUGCUGUCGGAAGCAGUAACUGUACCUCAGCUAUUGUUGCGUUUUCAAAGACUUUACUGUUUUAAAUAUUUUAACAACGUAAGUUUUUGUUUGUUUGUUUGUUUAUUUUUGUUACACUGAUUCUGGGUUUGGGGAAAUGCUUCAGUAACCAAAUAAUCCAACAAUAGCUGCACUUGAAAACACUUUUCUCAACUUUAACGGGGUUUCUUAUGCUUUGGUUUUAAAUUUACUACUUUUUCCUACACUUAUUUUUUUAACCAAUGUCAAAAAUGUCAAACUGUACAAAAAGCAUUAAUUCUACUUUCCAAGAAAACUUUUUGCCUCCGGUAUUCGGGGUGGAGUUUUGCGUGGCACUUUUGGGCAACAGCCUGGCUAUAUGGCUCUUGCUAACACGAGAAAGAAGACACUGGCACACAGGAAUCGUCUUUGUCUUUAACCUGGCUGUUUGCGACCUCCUCUACGUGCUGUCCUUGCCCCUGUUAAUCGGCUACUAUACGAACGACAAGAACUGGAUCUUCAGCGACGCGCUCUGUCGGAUAGAACGGUUCCUGUUUACCUGCAACUUAUACGGGAGCAUCUUUUUCAUCACCUGCAUCAGCCUGAACCGCUACGUGGGGAUUGUGCAUCCGUUUUUCAUGCGCAGCUACGUGCAACCCAAGCACGCCAUGAUGGUCAGCCUCGCGGUGUGGUUCUUGGUGAUCGGCAUUUGCUCGCCCGUCUUCCAUUUCUCGAUGACGGAGAAGAAGGGAAACACAACGGAGUGUCUGGGAAGCGCGACGGAUGAUAAAAUCACAGAGUACAUUCCCUAUAGCUUGUUCCUGGCCUCCUUCGGGUGCGCGUUGCCGUUUUUGGCUACUUUCGCUUCCUAUUUUGCCAUCCUCGUGGUGGUUUGGAAAAACGACAACAUUACAAAUGCGGAGAAAAGAAAAAUAGGGGUGAUGAUUUUCACAGUCAUUGUACUGUACGUGGUCUCCUUCAUCCCCUACCACGUUCUUCGUAACGUUAACCUGUUUAAUAGAGAUGAUAGCUGCUCCCGACCCCCCAGCAUGAAAAUCUAUGAUGGCUACCAAGUUAGCAAAGUACUGGUUACUUUGAACAUGUGCAUCCAUCCGCUGCUCUACGUAUCGGUUUUCGACAGCAUGAGGGCUAUUUGUGGACUGCCCACCUCUAGCGACUCAACAGACAGCUACAAAUGAGACGCUGCAAACUUCAGUUGACUCUUAGCUAGCUGUUUGAACGGUGGCAUUGUGCUGCAACACAGGCGCGUAAAUGGAAGUGUCUGCACGCCUGAUUUCAGCUUGCAGUUUUAUAAUGAGCUUGACGGUGUGCAGCGGGGACACACAUACAGGACUGCAUUCUCUGAGCUCUUUUGGCUGCAGGGUUGGUGUAAACAGCAACAAGAUGAAAACAUUGAAGGACAAACUUUUUGUUUUCCUUUCGUAGGGGGUGCAAUAUAACAACAACAAAAAAGCAAGUCCUGUUAUUAUUUGUUUCUCAAAAUAUGUUCACCAUCAUCUAACAGUAGAGGAUUCUUUACAGGAUCUUUGUGUCUAUUAGAAAUAUGCAAAAACAAAAUGAAAAACACACAGGGUCAUAUUCACAAAGUAUUUACCACCAUGCUCACCUAACACCAGCUUCUUUUAAUUUGUGUUAAAAAGUUUCAAAUAAAUAAGGCAUUCCAUUUUAAACAUGUUAGACAAAUAUUGCAACUGGUAAAACUGGUCACACAUUUGCAUUUCACUCACAACCACCACACAGCAGAACUCUGAACACACCCUAAAGCCGAGGGAACAGGAAACCAGUUUGUGGCAGCAGUGUGGAGUAGUGGUAAGGGCUCUGGACUCUUGACUGGAGGGUUGUGGGUUCAAUCCCCAGUGGGGGACACUGCUGUUGUACCCUUGAGCAAGGUACUUUACCUAGAUUACUCCAGUAAAAACUCAACUGUAUAAAUGGGUAAUUGUAUGUAAAAAUAAUGUGGUAUCUGUAUAGUGUAAAAUAAUGUAUAAUGUGAUACCUUGUAACAAUUGUAAGUCACCCUGGAUAAGGGUGUCUGCUAAGAAAUAAAUAAUUUGCUUUCAGGAGACGAGGGCUGGGACCAAAUCAAAACUUUGACAACCCGCUGAUCACACUUAACAAAACUGUAUUUAAUAGCGUUUGCUUUUUAUGAGUAGAAGAAAUAAGAUACUUACAAAAUAAAAAAGAAAACACUGUUAAAUACAGUUUUGUUAAGUGCGAUUAGCGGGCUGUCAAAGUUCUGAUUUGGUUCGGGCCUAGGUUUCAGGUCACUGCAUGGCACACCAGGAGAGACUUGGGGUUUGAUACAGCAAUGUUGCCUCAAAGUAGGUCUCCUGGAACACCUGUUUCCUUUGAGAGUGAUUCCUUCUCCAAAUGCAGGUAUCUUGUGCAAUUGCCACAAUCAACGGUGGAUUAUUUAACCAGGUGUUCCACUGCUGGAAACUCCAUCAGCACAACUUAAUAAAGAUUGCUUCACAUGAGAAUCAUGCAGAAGAAGCCUCUAUAAGAGGAGAAGCUCAGCUUUUAUUGUCACAAGAGAGCUAGAAGCUGCUUUUACAUCUACACACAUGUAUGAUAUGUCUGUUUUUUUAUUAUUCAUUUAAGUUGUAUCACAAAAUUGUAAAAAAAAAAUAAACAAAUAAAAGAUAUUGUAGAUCUCG